AUGGCGGCCGGAGAUGGCUCGUCUGAGCCAGGCGACGAUGACAAGCCUCAGAAAAUCAUCAGCCACCAUCCGAAGCCAGCAAGGCCCGAGGCCACAGCAGACGACUCCGAGGAAGAGGAGGAUGAAGAGGAGGAAGAGCCGCGACUUAAAUAUGCUACAUUGACCAGGAACGUGAGCUCGAUAUACCGCAAUGGAGAUGCGACGAGUACAUUUCAUGUGGCUGGAGAUAAAAUGAUCGUGGGGACUCACAAUGGAAACAUUCAUGUCUUCGCUUUGCCGACAUUCACCUCCCUGCGCGUCUACCAUGCUCAUACAGCCAGCAUAUCCGCGAUCUCGAUAUCUCCCUACAACCCUCCACUUGCGGGUUUCCGCUACGAGCCUGGUUCAAAACUAGCAGCAGAAGCUUCCUCGAAUGCGGACAAGUCGCCCUCAAGCUCCCCGGCACCGAAAGGAAAGCAUGUGCAAAAUCCUAUAGCGGAUAUACCUCCAAAUCGGAUAUAUAUCGCGACGUCGUCCAUCGACGGUAAUGUCUGCAUCGCCUCAUUAGUCGAUCCUCGUGAUGUUCAAUUGCGCAACUUCGGAAGACCUGUCCAGACCGUUGCCCUUUCACCAGAAUACAAAUCGGACAGAACCUAUUUAUCUGGCGGGCAAGGGGGCAUUCUGGUUUUGACUACUGGCGGACAAGCAGGGAAAAGCGCCAAUGCAACUACGACAGGAGCGGCGGCAGUGGCCUCUGGCUGGCUUGGGUCAAUUGGCCUUGGAACCAACACUGGGUCAGACAAAAUUGUGCACGGUGGUGAAGGUAUCAUUAGCACCAUCAAAUGGUCACUUUCAGGAAAAUAUGUCCUCUGGGUAAAUGAGCAGGGAAUCAAGAUCAUGAGAUCAAACUUGAAGCUCGAAAGUUCAGAAUCCGGUCUCGAGUGGAAACGGAUGAGCCAUAUUGACAGACCUAAUCGUCCCGGCUGGGAGGAUAUGGCGGGUGUAUGGAAAGCUCGUGCAGAGUGGAUCGACCGCGACAAUCUCGAUACCGACGACGACUCCCCUGUUAGCACCCUCGUCCCUGCUCCUGCGAACGGUGCAUCUCCCAAGCCAGAUCCGAAAAAUGCAAAGGUUGAAGAAGUUUUAGUAGGGUGGGGAGAUUCAGUAUGGAUCAUCAAGGUCUACCCAGGCUCUGUGGAAAGCGGAGGUAAUAAUAAAAUUGGACGCGCUGAAGUCGCUACGAUUAUACGAUUUGAUGACUGUACAAUAUCUGGAAUUUCGUUAUAUACCCCAAGUCUGCUUUUGGUGCUUGCAUUCAUGGAAAAAAAGAAAGGCAAUGGCUCAGCAUCGCAAGACAGUGGAGGUAGCAGGAGAGGCCGACGAGCACGACAUAAUGCAUUGGAACCAGAGUUGCGUUUGGUCAAUAUCGAUACAAAGGAAGAAGUCGACACCGACACUCUCACUAUGAGCAGAUUUGAGACUCUUUCGGCUUCAGACUAUCACCUGGGCGUUCUGCCUCCAGUUCGCAUCCCAGCUGCACUUCUCCAAAAGGGGUAUCUCAGCACCAUUGGAUCUGGUAUGAGCACGGUUGGCACAAGUCUGGCUACAGGCGUUGAAUCCGUUGGUCAAGGUAUGUGGGAUGCCACCAUGUACGGGCCACGGCUUUUGGGCGCAAAUCGAAUUUUCAGUUCAGGCGAGAGUAUUCGCAGUGGUGUCAGUGGCCCUGAUCGAACAGGAAGCACCAGAGAACGCAACUAUCUCACAGGCUGGAUCCCGGGGUUUGGAUCUAGUGAGACGAGUGCCAAAGAGGAGAUCAAUACCAUGGCCACGGCACAAAGCAUGAAGAUCUUCAUCUACAGCCCCUAUGACUGCAUUGUCGCGGUCCGACGCAAUCUCAACGACCGUAUGCAGUGGCUCGUGAGCCUCAAGAAAUACCAACAAGCGUGGGAACUGGUUGAUCAGCAUCCCGAAGCAGCGGGCACCCUCUCUGAAGCUUCUGGAACUUCAACACCACCAAGUCCAUCGAAAGCUAGUUCCGUCGCAAGAUCAGGCACGGCGACUUCCCUCAGCCCAACGCAGGCUCGUCAGCACGCUACCUUGGCCGAAUUCUUCUCGGAUUCUGUUUCAGUCACGAGUUCAGCGCAAGCCAAAUCGAAGAACAAAUUCUCUGCGGCGGAAAAGGAGAAGCGACGAAUAGGCGAGUUGUGGCUAAAGCAGCUCGUUGAUGCCAACAGAUGGUCUGAAGCUGGCGAGGUCGCUGCAAAAGUAUUGAAUACGACGAGUCGCUGGGAGCAUUGGGUGUGGACGUUCGUCAAAAACGCGAAGUUUGACGAGAUAUCGCCUCACGUACCGACGUUGGAACUGACACCCCCUUUGCCAUCCUCCAUCUUUGAAAUCAUCCUUGGUCACUACGCGGAGGUUGACAGAUCGCGGUUCAAGGAGCUUCUUGAUGAGUGGCCUUCCGAUCUUUUUGAGAUCAGCAGCAUCACAGCAGCGGUCGAAGAUCAGUUGCGCUCUGGUACCGCAUCCAGGGGGUCACAGGACUGGAGGCUCUUGCAGGAAAGCCUGGGGAAAUUGUUCCUGGCAGAUGGACACUAUGACGAAGCUCUGAGAUGCUACAUCGCCCUGCAGGAUGCUGACACGGCCAUGUCGUUGAUCAAGGAACACCAUCUCGUUGACGCCAUUGCCGACGACAUUCCCAGUUUUGUCAUGCUGCGAGUUUCACCCGAUCAAUUGAAGAGUGCAACUCGCGAGGAACUGGACGAACUUGCUGCGGACCCAGUCAAGGUCCUCGUCGACGAAGCUACAGCUGGAGUGGUUGAGCCCGACGAAGUUGUUGCGCAACUUGAUAAGCCGACAUUGAAGCCUUUCCUCUACUUCUACCUUCGCGCUUUGUGGCGCGGCGAGGGAACCCAGGAAGCUCCUGCGCUACCCCGGGUCGGCCAUUCAGCCAUGACUACGUCGCUUGCGGCCGACACAGGGAAGCAGCACGUUGAACAAUUCGCGGAUGUCGCUAUCGAGUUGUUUGCAGAAUUCGAUCGAGAUCUGCUCAUGGAAUUCUUGCAAGCGUCCACCGCUUACACUUUCGAAAACGCUGUCAAGAUAUGCGAAAGGAAGCAUUACGUCGAGGAACUUGUCUACCUCUUGAGCAAGACGGGACAGACCAAAAAGGCGCUGUUUUUGAUCAUUGAUGAAUUGAAGGAUGUCUCAAAGGCCAUCGCUUUCGCCAAGGAGCAAGAUGACCAGAGUCUCUGGGACGAUUUUCUCGAAUACAGCAUGUCACGCCCGAGAUUCAUUUCAGGUCUCCUAGCAGAGGUCGGGACUGCCAUUGACCCUAUUACCUUGGUGAAGAGAAUACCUUCUGGACUGGAAGUGGAAGGCCUAAAAGAUGGGCUGAAGAAGAUGAUUCGAGAGUAUGAUUUACAAGACAGUAUCAGCGCUGGCGUUGCGCGAGUACUCAGCAGCGAGGUUGCCGUGGGCAUGGAGACGCUGAGAAGAGGUCGGAGGAAAGGUAUCAGGUUCGACAUUGUCGCUCCAAGUGUGAAACACCAACGGCCAUCUGCCCAGGACGUUGCUGGCUCCAAGGAUCAGCUGGCAGAGGAAACAAAACCAGAGGCCGAACCAGAACCGGAGGUGAAACCAGGACACUGUUCGUCGUGUCAUAAAGCGUUUCAUGAAAAUGAAACCGAAACCCUGGUCGGGUUCGCUUGUGGGCAUGUCUAUCACGUCUCACAUCUGCUACAUGGUCCCGAGGCAGAAGGAGAUGAGGUGCUACUACCUCAGAAUGGUAUUCGUCCGGAUGAUGGCGAGGCUGAAGAAACCAGGUUUUCCAGAUCAGUGGGACCAAAGGUCACAAAUGCGCGUUUACUGAAAGAUAAAAUACAGAAUGUUGGGGGAUGUACUAUAUGCAAGGCGUCGAGGGAAAGAAUGGAGGCUGUGGGUGGCUGA